UUUUUAGCGGUUUUUUAUAAUCUGUCAUACUUAUAAAACCUCCUGGUGUAGAAAUGUUAUCAGGCGGUCGGGGAGGUUUCAAAGCGGUUAUCCUCUUUCGCAACUGUCGCAUUCACAUAUCGUCCCGCAUUCGUUGUCGUUGGGACGGGCUCUCGGACCGAGUCUCACCUCCCUCAGCCGCCUCCGCCAUUUGGCCCUUUUUCCCCGUUUUUCGUUUUGUCGCGCGAUGAGCCCGGCUCGUCCACCACCGUCAACACGUUAAUCCGCCGCGUCAAGCCGAAAAAGAUGAAGAACCGGGAGGAGUCGUACACGGACAAAUUCGCCGUGAUCAACGAACGGCCGGUGGACAACAUUUCAAUCGAGGCGUUCUACAGGCCGCACACAAUCUCCCUCUUCAUCGUCACGUUCGUCGCCCUGGCUUACAUCUCCCUCGUCAGAAAUGAGGAAAGUAUGGACAACAACAUCAUGGCAGGAGUCUAUUGUAUCGUUCUUCUAUUUAUCAUCAUCUCAAUCCUGACGUUUCCCAAUGGGCCGUUCACGCGGCCUCAUCCAGCAUUUUGGAGAAUAGUUUUCGGCCUCAGCGUACUCUAUCUCCUUUGCCUCAUGUUUCUUCUAUUCCAGAACUAUAAGACGGUCAAGCACAUCCUCGUCUGGCUUGACCCCAAGUUGGAACACUUUCACAUAGACAUGGAUAAGGAAUAUGGUGUAAACUGUUCAGAAAUUAGUCUCGAGAAACUCUGGGAUCAUAUGGAUGCAUUUGCCUUGGCUCAUUUCCUCGGCUGGGCUUUUAAGGCUGUCCUCGUCAGACAUUACGGAAUAUGUUGGACUGUGAGCUUCACCUGGGAAUUUACCGAGAUGAUGUUCUGCCAUUUGCUUCCGAAUUUCAUGGAGUGCUGGUGGGAUGCGCUAUUUUUAGAUGUUAUCAUCUGUAAUGGUCUUGGGAUCUGGGUUGGCCUGCAAAUCUGCAAAAUCUUAGAAAUGCGAGAUUACAAUUGGGUUGGAAUAAAGGAAAUUGAAACAACAACUGGUAAAAUAAAACGAGCAAUGCUGCAGUUUACUCCAAGCAGUUGGACCCAUGUUAGGUGGCUCGAGCCGAAAUGCACAUUCAAGCGUUUUGUUGCAAUUUGUCAGCUAGUCCUUUAUUGGCAAGUUUGCGAACUCAACACAUUUUUUCUUAAGCACAUAUUCGAGAUGCCACCUACACAUCCACUAGUUAUCGCCAGGCUAGCAUUCGUCGGGAUAAUAGUUGCCCCAUCUGUCAGACAAUUCUACAUGUACGCUACAGACCCCCACUGCAAGAGGGUGGGCACACAGUGCUGGGUCUAUGGCGCAAUUAUGGUCUCAGAGGCCCUACUUUGUAUCAAAAAUGGAAAAGAGCUCUUCUCCCACACUCAGGCGGCCAACAUAAUAGGCUGGCUUUUAAUUCAAACCCUUAUGUCCAUUCUGUGCGUGUACGGUUGUUACACUUGGCAUAAAUAUUUUCAGACUGGGGAAGAAAUCAAUUAUUCAAGCGACCCAUCACCCAUCUCCGAGACUGCCCCAUUGAUUACCGAUGAAUUGACAGGGAAUGGUGAGCCCUUAUAUGGCUUUGCGGAGAUACCUGAGACUCAGUUGAGGCAACGAAAAAAUCUGAACCCUCAAUAGAUGCAAUAUAACUAUUUGUUUUUCUA